AUGUGGCAUUCUUAUAUGCAAGAACCAUUGAAUUAUGUUGCUGAUUGUGUUCGAAUUAUUGGCUACGUCAUCUAUCAUUCUCCAUGGUCAAUCAAUAAGGAUGAUACAAAGAAUAAAACAUGUAUUCAAGCGAAUAAACUUUGGAAAGAUGAAUUUAAAGUUGAUUUAAUGAUAGAUCAUCUAUUUAAUACAAUUGAUGACAAAUUUGACAACAACUUUUAA